GCUUGCCAUCGGUCAGACCAACUAUACGACACACCUAUCGCACAUUACCCAUGCAUGGUCGAACAGCACCUUUCCACAUCGAGGAGGUACACCCGGUAAAACUCCGCAUUGAAAGUUGUGUCUAGCCACAGCCCUGGAGCCGCUUGCAAAGCCCGCCAUCCUACCGUUAUCGACCCCACAUCGACCUCAUAGCUUCUGGUAGCCGCGGAAUCGGAAACACGUGUCGCGCGACCCUAGAGAUAUUCCUUAGUAUAUAAUGUUGUGGCCUUCCCUUUGUCUGUCCCAUCUUCUAAUCAGGACUUCACCCACACCCACCUCCUCUGUUCUGUUGAAGCAGGCCAUUGUACAUUAAGAUCACAGCAGAGCUUGGGUGAUCACCAGGCAUCUACACAUUCACGAUACCCAUAUCCACAGCCGCAAUGGCACCUCACCCCUUCAAGAACCUGAGUCCUGAGGAGACUUGUGUCGCCCGUGACACGAUCCUCUCGAUACACAAGGAUGUCCUUGUCAACUUCCGAGAGAUCUUCCUUCAGGAGCCGGAGAAAGAGGCCAUGAAGGCUUUCCUCGAAGCCGAGCACACAGGACGACCUGGUCAAUCGCCAUCCUCGAAAAGGCCACCCAGAUUGGCCAAGGUUAUGUACGAUAUCAUUGGGGACGAUCGCAUCCCAGAGUACAACGAGUCCAUCAUCGACGUCGAGCAAAAGAAGCGCAUACGACACGAAGUUAUUGGGAAAGAGAAGGGCCAAGCAAGUCUGACAUUGUGGGAGUUUGCCGAUUUAGUCGACGCUUGCAAGCAGAGCGAGGAAUUCCAAAAGGCCGUUGCAGAGUUUCAGCUCCCUGAGGGCUUCGAGCUUGUUGUCGAACCAUGGCCAUAUGGUGGUCUCGACUUUGGUGCAGAGAACCGUAGAUACUUCCAAGGUCUUUGCUUUGCUCAGGACACCCGGAAUGGUAACCCUGACUCCAACUUCUACGCUUACCCUCUGCCUCUUAUUCCCGUCAUGGACGCCCACACAAAAAAGAUCGUUCGCCUCGACCGCCUAGCUACUGGCGGAAAGGGAGACAGCCUGACCGGCAAGACACAUUCUCCUCGCAUUCUCGAGCAUUGCCAGGAAGCCGAAUAUGUUCCUGAGCUAGUUACCGGCGGUGUCCGCACGGACGUCAAGCCCAUCAACAUCACACAGCCCGAAGGUCCUUCCUUUAAGGUCACAGAUGAGUCGCUCGUCGAGUGGCAGAAGUGGAGCUUCCGCGUUUCCUUCAACCCUCGUGAGGGUGCUGUUCUCCACGAUGUCCGCUAUGAUGGAAGGAGCAUCAUGUACCGCAUGAGCAUCAGCGAGAUGUCCGUCCCUUACGCCGAUGCUCGUCCACCAUUUCACCGCAAGCAGGCUUUCGACUUUGGCGACGGCGGCGCUGGAAACUGCGCCAACAACUUGUCCCUUGGCUGUGACUGUCUCGGCGUGAUCAAGUACUUCGACGCCGUUAUUGUUGGAAACGAUGGCGAGCCCAAGGCUCAUCCCAAUGUCGUCUGUCUGCACGAGCAGGACAACGGCAUUGGUUGGAAGCACACCAACUGGAGGACUGGCCGUGCCGUUGUCACCCGCAUGCGCGAAUUAGUCGUCCAGUUCAUCAUCACGCUCGCCAACUACGAGUAUGUUUUCGCCUACAAGCUCGACACCGCCGGCGGUAUCACCCUCGAGGUCCGCGCCACGGGGAUCGUCUCCACCGUCAACAUCGACCCCGGUAAGACCUCUCUCUACGGAAAUGUCGUAUCCGGCGGCGUCCUCGCGCAGAACCAUCAGCACAUCUUCGCCGCACGUUUCGACCCCGCGAUCGACGGCCACAACAACACUGUGACCUACGAGGAAUCGCUUCCGGCGCCCUGGGACAAGGAAACAAACCCUAACGGCAACUUCUACGAGAUCCGCAAGACGGUCGUCAACCGCUCAUCGGGCCUCGACGCGAACCCAACCGACCACCGCGUCUUCAAGAUCAUCAACGAGGAAAAGAAGAACCCUCACAGCGGAAAUCCCGUCGGUUACAAAUUCACACCCCUCCCGACGCAGAAACUCCUCGCAGCCCCUGGGUCCAUUCAAGCCCAGCGUGCGCUCUUCACAAAUCACCACGUCUGGGUGACCAAGUAUCAGGACGACGAAUUGUACGCUGCAGGUCGCUUUACACUUCAGUCACAACUGGAGCAGGGCGGCGUACACGACAUGGCGGCGCGCAAGGACGAAGUCACUAACCAAGAUCUGGUCGUGUGGAAUGUAUUUGGGCUGACGCACAACCCGCGUGUCGAGGACUGGCCGGUUAUGCCAUGCGAGAUCUACCAGAUACAUUACAAGCCCAGCGACUUCUUUGACAGGAACCCGGCAAUUGACUUUCCGAGCCAGAAGAAUCAGGCGAGUGUGUUGGUCACGAAGGAUGGCGAUUGCUGCGCGCAGAAGCUAUGAGAUGGAGGUGGAAUAUUGUAUGUGUUUACUUCGAGAUACCAGGUCGUUGACGUCAUGUUGCAUAUAAUAGCGAUUUAUUUUACAAGGUCACUUAUUCAAGCUG